AUGUCGACCCCGGUUCUUCCACAGGACGAGCCACGCAAGGCGAAAAAAACUUGCACCAUCGUCAUUGUCCGUCAUGUAUGAAAUUCAAAAGCAUCGUACUAGUAUGAAUCGCAUGACAAAUUUCCUCAGCAUGAGAAAGAAAAUUUGUAAUGCGGAUUCGACCUGAGAAAGAAAUUUGUAAUGCAUGAAUGCGAUUACUACGAGUGCGAUAGUUUUGCACAGGAUACCACGGAGAACGGUUAGACUACGAAGAUUCCACCUGGGUGCUGAGCCGCAGCUCCGAUCCGUAUUGCAAGGAAAAAUCCUCUCUUCCCAUAUCUAGACGAAGCUUCUGAUGCCGGAUUUCCGUACACAAAUGCGCGCUGUCUUGCAAUACGGCAUCGCAGCCAGAUCCUCAGCCUAGCUUGGGGCGUUUAUUGGGUCUAGUUGUUUAGCAUUACAAACGGCUUCCCCCUAGGCCGAACAGCGUGCCAAAUCGCUUCCAUAAUGGCGCGGAAGCCUCUGCGCUUGUCUUCUUGCAAGACAGGCGUGGUUUGUGGUCUCAAAGCAGCAACGCAAAUUUUCGGAAGCAUACCCUUUCGAUAUGGGGUGGGGGGAUUUUUCCUCUGAAUAAUCCAGAAUCCACACCCUAUGACCCGCCCUUGACCGAUCGCGGGUUUCAAAUGGCCCGGCAGGCGGGGCGGGAAAUUGCGAAGUUGCUUCAGGAAGUGGUGGAGAUAUCCUAUGCAAAAGUAUCGUACUCGUACUAAUCGCAUUCAUGCAUGACAAACGUCCUUCGUAAGGUGAAACAGCAUUACAAAUUUCAUUUGUAAUGCUAAGCGAAUUUGUAAUGCAGUUACUACUAGUACGAUACUUUGGCAUUUCAUAGGAGAAAAAAACUGACAAAACUUGCGCAGCUCGUCCCCUCCGCAUAAUCACCUCGCCCCUGUUGCGUUGUGUGCAAACGAGCUGUGGACUGCGGGAGGGGCUGUUGAACUUGAAGGAGAGAGGACAAUUGGGAACAAGGGAAGCUGGCGACGACGUCGGUAACGAUAACACCAGAGAGGGAGAAGUUGGGACGCCCUCCGGCUCUUCUUGUUCUCGUCCUAUUCCCUUCCACUGCAGCCUCGCCCUGACGGAAGUUGCAAUGGAUAAGUGGUAUCUCGCGUGGUGUGUCCCAAACCAAUCCGACGGCUCCUGGGGCGGGCCGUACGGGUUCAAGCUGCCCUCUAGUGAGGAGGAGAAGAACGCGCUGAAUCUCCACCCCGCGGCGACAGCGCCGAUCGGGAAAUUGCUCCAGAAGUGCGUGAAAGAGAAUUUUCUCAGCGCGAUCAGGACCGCCGGAGGUCGUGCUGUUGGUGUUGAACAAGGGGAGCAGGCAGGAGUAGCCUCUGGGAGACAUCAAGUAGAAGGUCCACCCGGUCGUCCGUCGAAGUCGAGCUGCUACUGGUUAGACCGAGAUGGACCAUAUCAAGAUGUUGACGCAGCGCUGCCUUCGGACGAUUUUCAACGAGUAAACACGUUCACCAAAGACGGGACGAAUAACAAGGUGAUCUUGACCAGGGAACUCACGGCAGAGUCCCGGAAAAUUUGCAGAGAGCAGAUCAGUGAAGGGACGACUGUAGACCACCACAUUGGCUGCGAGGAGGGAAAAAAACGCAGCAGGGACGCGGACCUACAAGGAGCUGCAGUCAUGAUCCCCUUCGCGUGCCAAAGCAGCUUCGAAGCUGCAUACAACCUCUUCAGCCCGGAGACGAGCCGGGAACUGAAGCAGCGCAUGAAGAACUUUGUCGCGGAGCUUGAAACGCGAUUUCCAAACGAAACCCUAAUCCUCUGCACCCACGGAGGGCCGACGUCGGCUGCGGUUACGGCAUUGAGCGGAGCGCACGGAGAACAAGGGUACACGAGUAUUAACGUUUUGGUGCCGAAGGAAAGAAACGUAAGCGCGUCCUCGCCAUCUUCUGCUGGUGACACCGACGGCAAAGACCAUGCGGCCCAACACGCUCCAGCAGAUGCUGAAACGACGACGAAAGGGAGCAAUCGCGAAAGCUAUGCCGAAGAUGUAGAUUUGUACGACUACGAAACGGUCGCUCUUUCACACGACCGCCACCUGCAGUGUGUGUAUGAUGCGGACAUGCAAUUGCAGAAAGACCACAUGAUCGCAGCUGCGAAAAAAGAUGCAGCGGCGGGCCGUGGCGCGGAUAGUUGUACUAGGUCUGGUGAUGUCAGGAACAAUUUGUGACGUUAUUGAUCGCGAUACUUCUCUUGAAGGAAGACGAGCCAACUUCUUUAAUCAUGGUAUCUAUGCGUACAACACAAGGAAGAUCUGCUCUCACGACCCAUUAUUUGCCCAGAAGAGCAAGAGACAAGGAGAUGUCCUCCUGCUGAGGACUCCUCGUAGUUGAGCACGAUAUAAUCGAUAC